GUAGUUAUUAAGUUUGUGACAUGUGACAGUCACAUGGUGCUCCGCCUCUUCCCAACCUGUCAAAGAAUCAAAAUGGCUCCAAAUCCCUCUCCAAAGUGUGUUCUUUGUAGGAAAGAAACAGUAUCUGGAAACAGAGUUUAUCUCAAGUCCGAAGAGGAUCCAUCAGUUUCCAUUAGGCUAGUUUUACUUGCAGUUUCCUCUCGAUCUCAAGAGGAAGUAGACCAGUUUCUUGCCACUAACACAGUAUGUUGUAAAGCUGUGUGCUUUACUUUGAAGAAGUUAGCUAAAACGAGAAAAGAAAUGGAAGAUAUGAAAUUAGAGAUUGAAAGAAGGAUUGGUUCAUUUUUUGAUAGUCAAAAUGCUGCUCAGGCAUGUAUAACCUCAGUUGAUCUAUCUAUUGAUCUAAGUGGCCCUGCUACACCAUCAAAAUCAUUAUACUCUCCACGUCGUACGAGGCUAACUUAUGAUACACCAACCAGAAAUGCAUUAUCCCAGCCAAUCGAUUCAACUGGCAGUCCUGUGGUUUAUUUUGUUAAUAAGAAACCGAGUGGUCCUUGUCGUGUCAACGUUGUUUCUAAAUCAUUAAGAAGUUUAGGGCGAUCUGUUGGAAGACGCAGUAGGAUGUCAAUUGUCAAUUUUGUAUUAAAGGACAAGAUCAUGCGUAGAAAGGUGGCUAUUCAGAUAGGGAAACUCAUUCGAAAGGAAAUGAAAGUUACAUGUUCUGUGAAGGAGCAAUCGAUUUUCAAAGACAAAAGUCUCUCUGCUAUCAACAAUUUCAGCUGGAACAGUAUGGUACUUGACUUGAAGAGAACUGCUCCAGUUAUGUCAUCAGUAUUGGAAAAUUCCAUUGACCGGGGUCAGAAAAGAAAAAAGGUAGAGAUAGCAAUGGCUGUAGCUGCUUCGGUAUUGCUUCAUGGACAUAGUGAAAGAGCAUGCCUUUUACAACGUGCUGUUUCUCUUCUAUUGUAUGGAUGUCAUGCUCCAAAACAGUUGUAUACAAGACUACAAAAAGCUGGUUUAUGUGUGUCGCACAGAAGUACCAUUAGAUUGGUUGAUAAAAUGGGUGAAAACUUUGAUCAAGAUGUGAAGGAGUGGUCCAAUUUUUUAAAAGUCCAGCUUUCAAAGAAGUACCGUAUUGCAGUAGAUGGAAGGAUGUCAUCGGAUAAUCGUUCGCCACUUAUUCCGGCUGUAUCUGCUUCUGAUUCUAUUACCCGUAAUGAAGUUGUGUAUACUGAAGACUGGUCUGACGGAGACGCUACAUGUAGUGGUGAUGAAGAUAUGAGUAAUGGCGAUGAAGAUGUGUGUAUGAUAACACCACCUUCAGUUUCAUCUAUGACAACUUCCAGUUCCAUGUCUUUCUCCCCUGAAGCUGACAUAGAUAGAAAUCAGUCAACAGUAACAAAACUAACUGUUAAGAUACCUACAUUAAAAAUUGUAGGAGACAAUAUAGACAAGUCUAUUAGACCACGGGAGGAAACCAGUGACAAUCACUUGCAGUCUCUUCACUACUUCCAUAGUUACGCUGUGCUUGAUAGAUGUGAUAUGUCUGCUCUUGAAGAUGAUCCUUCAUCGUUUGAUGCCAAUAUUGCAGAUGUUAGCUGUGUGUUGCCCACUGAUGACGAUAAUGCCACAUUGAGACGAAAUCUUACAAUCAUUGUAGCACGAAUACUGAGAGAACGUUUUUCAUUCUUCAAAGACAAUGUUAGUUCAAUUUCUCGUCAUAUUCUUCACUCUCACUCAAAAGAAAUGUCACAGAAGUCUGUUGUGGUUCCACUAGGUGUACUAACAAAGAAUGAGGUCAAAAAUGAAGAUAUGAAAUUUAUCAUGAGUCAUCUCCAACAGUAUGUUCCUGUUGUAAGCAAUAGUAGCUCGAUUGAAGAUCCAGUUUCUAAUGAAGAGAUGGAAUUGUUCGAGGAUAGAUUCCACUAUCUUAAUUCUGUUCGGCGGUGAUCAGUUAACGGUUGAGAGGGCUACAGGGAGUAAGAAUCACAAUGUCAAUGAAUGGAGAGGUAUUGAUCGCCUUGAAGGACUAAUACCUGUUGUUGAAGAUUGGCAUGCCAAAGUUUGUUUGCUGAAGGCUAUUUGGAAACUGCUCUACAAAACAUCCUCUGGAUCAAAUAGUGGAGCUUUGUAUCACUUAAGAAAUCUGAUUCAAAGGCGAACAGUUACUGUGGAGAUAAAAUCGGAUCCUACCGCUUGCGAACAGUUUUUCCUUCUGGUAGUGGAAGCCCACAUCAUCAGUCU